AUGCACGUACAUCAGGGACGUCCGCCAAUGCCUCCACCGCCACCGAAGCCGCCGCCCCCGCCGCCCCCGCCGCCCCCGCCGCCGCCCAGUCCACCUCCGGCGCCACCGCCGAAACCGCCCCCAAAGCCGCUGCCUGCACCGCCGCCAAUGCCUCCUCCGUUACCAUAUCCACCUCCAAGUCCCCCACCCUUACCGUAACCGCUGCCAACACCGCCGCCGAGUCCACCACCCUUACCGAACCCGCCGCCUAGGCCACCGCCGGUGCCGUAUCCACCACCGAGCCCAUGUCCGCCGCCGAAGCCACCCCCGAUUCCACCGCCCUUACCGAAACCUCCGCCGAUUCCGCCACCUUUGCCGUAUCCACCGCCGACUCCACCACCGAGUCCAUGGCCACCUCCAUACCCACCGCCGAGGCCUCCACCUUUGCCGUAUCCACCACCGAGUCCAUGGCCACCUCCGUACCCGCCCCCGAGGCCACCACCUUUGCCGUAUCCACCGCCGAGUCCAUGGCCACCUCCAUACCCGCCCCCGAGGCCGCCACCUUUGCCAUAUCCACCGCCAAUACCGCCACCUUUGCCGUAUCCGCCCCCAAGCCCACCGCCCUUGCCAAACCCGCCACCUACGCCACCACCGAAUCCAUGUCCACCGCCGAGUCCACCACCCUUUCCAAACCAGCCGCCAAUGCCACCUCCUUUGCCGUAUCCACCACCGAGUCCACCACCCUUCCCGAACCCACCGCCAAACCCCCCAAAACCACUCCCGAUUCCACCACCUUUUCCGUAUCCACCACCGAGUCCACCACCCUUCCCGAACCCGCCGCCAAACCCGCCAAAACCACCCCCGAUUCCACCACCUUUUCCGUAUCCACUUCCAAACCCGCCGCCAAUGCCGCCGCCCUUGCCGAACCCGCCACCAUUGCCGAACCCGCCACCAAAGCCGCCGCCCUUACCGAACCCGCCACCAAAACCGCCACCCUUACCGAACCCGCCACCAAAGCCGCUGCCUUUACCAAACCAGAACUUCUCAUCCCCGACUUUUGCUUCCCUCCCGGACUCCUUCACAGGCGCCACAUUCCUACCCACCGCGACCCCGACCACGGCAGUCAGAUACAGCAAUGCUAGAAGCACUCCCCUCUGA